AUGAGCAUGUCUAGCAUUAGUCGGACCCCUCUUGAAAGGAGUGUACUGUACACUCUCCUAGCUCUAGACGCGGCAUGCGCUCCUGGUUCACCGUGGUCUCUCGCUCACUCACUUUCUAGAACCAACCUCCUCCUUCUCCUUCCUCCUCCUGAGGUCUUGUCUAUGGCAUUGAAGGGAUCGGCAGUGUUUCCUUUUUGUCUACUAUUACUGGUCUUUCUUCAAAUGCAUCUUUCUUUAACAAUGUCUGCAUCUGAUUGCCCAUUGGAUUUGAGUAUGUCUAAUUUUACACUGGCUGCCUCCAAAUGCUCCACUGGAGAAGACAGAGCAAAGUGUUGCCGACACCUUAAUGUCUUGGUCGCUAUUUCUGUCUCACGAUAUGCCAAUGCAACGAGUAACUUGGGGGUUACUUCAAAUUUAUCUGAUGUUUGUCUGCAUACAUUAUCAAAAACUUUUGCACUUUAUGGAAUGACAAGAAAUGCAUCAGUUUUCUGUGGCUUUGGGACAAAAAUACCUGUAAAUUAUGAAUGCCAGGGUCGGUCAACUGUUAACCAGAUGCUGCAGUCUCCGAAAUUUAGGGAUGUUACUGAAAAUUGCAAAGUGCCACUGUCAGAGGAUGGUAUUUGUAAAAAGUGCUUGAAUGCCGGUAUUGUUUAUCUUCAUAAUCUAUUGGGGCCAACAGAUAAUUUGACACUGAGUACUUGCAGAGAUGCAACAUUUGCUACAGUUGCAAGUCAAGUCGAUUACGCUUCGACUAUUGACAUUGCAGGCUGUUUCUUUGGGGUUCAAGGGCUUAAUCUUCCUCCAGGAUCAUUCCCGCCUUCGCCUCCACCUCCAACUCAGGCAUCUCCCACCCCUCUAACUGCUGCUAGUCCGGCUCAACUUUCCUCGCCUCCAAAGAGGAAUCAUCGAAACUACCACCUCUCAUUGGUUCCGAGCAUUGGCAUUGCAGUUACAGCAUUGGCUGCCGUGCUGCUGGUAGUCUUGAUUAUUCUUAUCCGUAAGAAAAGCCGAGAGCUUGAUGAUUCUGAUACAGAUGAUAAGACAUCCUCAAAAUCCAUUCCUCGCGCCGCAAGAAAAUGUCAGGAUGGACCAUCCUCUAUGUUCAGAAAAUUCAGCUACAGAGAUACAAAGAAAGCUACUGAUAACUUCAACUCCAUCAUUGGACAAGGCGGAUUUGGUACUGUGUAUAAAGCGAGGUUUCAUGAUGGUUUAGUGGUAGCUGUGAAGCGGAUGAACAUGGUAUCAGAGCAGGCAGAGGAAGAGUUUUGCCGAGAAAUCGAGCUCCUUGCUCGACUACAUCAUCGCCAUCUUGUUUCUCUGAGAGGCUUCUGCAUUAAAAGACAUGAGAGGUUUCUCAUGUAUGAAUAUAUGGAAAAUGGAAGCUUAAAGGAUCAUCUUCUGACCCCAGGUAGAACUCCUCUCAGUUGGCGAACAAGAAUUCAGAUUGCAAUUGAUGUGGCAAAUGCAUUGGAGUACCUUCACUUCUAUUGCAACCCUCCUCUGUGUCAUAGAGAUAUUAAAUCGAGCAAUAUAUUACUAGAUGAGAAUUUUGUUGCAAAGGUUGCUGAUUUUGGCCUUGUUCAUGCUUCGAAAGAUGGCUCUGUUUGCUUCGAACCUGUAAACACUGAUAUCCGGGGAACUCCAGGUUAUAUGGAUCCAGAAUAUGUGGUUACUCGAGAGCUCACAGAGAAAAGUGACGUUUACAGUUAUGGAGUUGUGUUAUUAGAGUUAGUUACUGCAAGACGAGCAAUACAAGACAACAAAAAUUUGGUCGAAUGGUCUCAACCUUUUUGGAAUUCAGAAUUGAGAAUAACUGAGCUUUUGGAUCCCAAUCUCGGGGAUGCUUUUGACUUCGAUCAACUUCAAACAAUUGUAGAAAUUGUGAGAUGGUGCACUCAAAAAGAAGGGAGCGCACGACCAUCAAUUAAGCAAGUCCUCAGACUUUUGUAUGAGAGUACUGAAGUAAUGCACAGUGGGUUUGUUGAAGCUAUGGAAGAUGAAGAAUAUGGAGAAACUGAAGGUAGGGGAAGGACGAGCAGAGGUAACACAAAGAGAGGUGAAGGUAUAUUUUUCAGUGGGGAUGUACGUGGGCUAGCUUCUUCUUCGAGUACGUCUAGGUCAUAUUGUAGUCGAAGCUUCCUACUUGAAACUGGCUCACCUCAGUCACCUGUAUUAUAG